GCGGUCAGUAGCACACCAACUCCUGACGAGUCCGGAGUAUUCCCGGAUUUUGCGACAAUUGGCGUGCGCGCUUCUUUUGUUUCUUUUGUGAUUGGUGACGGUGCUGUGCCAUGAGGGGUGCCGAGUGGUGCCUGCUCUUGGUGAGUGUGGCGGUUUGCGCGGGGGUGUCUUCGCGCUUGCCGAGGACCAGUGCGGGACAGUUGGCGGCCGCCGCCGCCGCCCAGAACAAAACGGCGGCGCAGUUGAGGGGCAGGACGCUGCACACCACCAUCGGGCCGCCCCCAGGCCGGGGGGCCUCUAGUCGAGUUAGAGAGCAAUAUCUCUUCAACGUGUUCGAAGCCAUAAUUUCCACUCUCGAGUCCAAACUCCAGAGAAUAGAAAACUUGGACAAAGCCGUCGAGCAUUUAAUGCGACGAGUGGAAGGUUUGGACAACCGUGUCAACAACAAUAUUGACAAAACCGAAUCGGUGAUAGCAAAACUGUCCCUUCUUGACUCAAAACUGUUCAGUUUUGACUCGAAAAAGACCGACGGGGGGCCAAAUGACAAUGUGGGGCGUCGACUAGUGGCCCUCGACCAGAAAGUCAGCGAUAUUGACAACAAACUAAACGUUUUGAAGAGUCAACUCGACAAUAACUUGCUUCAAGGCGAAGAUAUCAAUGCUGAAGCAAGCGAGAAGAAACCCGUGAGUAUGAACGUGGUGGAAAUCACCAAAGCGCUAAACACGGAAGUGAUAAACCACGUGACCAAGGAAUUGGGACAGUUGAGGGAAGCCACCGGAAGUGUUGACCGGAAAUUGCAAUUCCAUAUCAAUCUAGUUUCGGAAAAUUUGGGCAAAGUGUUGACAAUGAUGACGGAUAUUCACCACGCCAUCGUCGACGAUAUCACCACGAGUCAUUACAAUAAGACGACAACUCCGGCCCCGGAAACCCGGAAUAACAAAAUCGACGCUUUGGUGCAGCAAAUCCGGCCCAUUAUCUCCGUUUCAGAGAAGAUGGAUGAGGUCUGGGACGUCGUGGUGGGUACCAAAUCGUCAGUUGACGAUUUGGUGCCAAAAUCGGACGAGCUUUUGACACAAACGCAGCGCCAAGAGCGGGCAAUUGGCGAAAUCCACAAUGAUUUAAGAACCAAAACCAAUAAAAUCAUCGCGAAUUUGGAUAAAGUUGAGAAYAGGUUGAAGAAACAGGAGGAUGAUGUUGCGACUUUGGCACAGAGACCUGUUCCUGCUGAGCUUCUCCUUGACCCCACCAUUGAUCGUUUGGUUGAAUAUGACCCAAGUCGGUAUGUUGAUGAGUAUUCAACUGAUACCACCCUCCCGGCCACUUUCACCACUUUGCCACCCCCGACUACCACUUUGAACCAGAGCAGUACCACCCCUGUGAGCCCCUCGACGCAAGCAACCACGGAAAAAAGGGCGGAGAAGAGGAAAAGUGGGUUGAUUUUCCCCAGUGUGAAGAACAAACCCUCGCCGGCAAACACCACUUUUGCCACGGAGCUUUUGGCCAAUGUUAAGGAUGUUAAGGGUUACUCUUGCGUGGACCUCCUCAAUGCUGGCAUGCGUGAUUCCGGCGUUUACUACUUGCAAAUCCGUGGUACCACUUAUUGGUUCUUGAAGGUGUAUUGUGAACAAGAAAUCGCCGAUGGUGGAUGGACGGUGAUUCAACGYCGAGACGACUUCGGCGACCCCAGAGAGAACUUCAACCGGGAUUGGAACGACUACAAGAACGGCUUCGGGGACCCGGCCAAAGAGUUCUGGUUGGGGAACGAAAACAUCUACAUGUUGACCAACAACGAGGACUACAUCCUCCGAGUCGAACUCGAAGACUUCGAAGGGAAUAAAAGAUUUGCCCAAUACUCGCACUUCAAGAUCUUCUCAGAAGGUGAAUAUUACAAGUUGGAGAUUGAUGGUUAUGAGGGCAAUGCGGGAGACUCGCUGAAUGACCCGUGGUAUGGAAGCAAUAACAGCCCGUUUUCGACAUACAACAGAGACAACGAUAGGUCGAGUCUCAACUGCGCCUCCAUGUUGAAGGGCGGUUGGUGGUGGAAGUCGUGUGGCCGAGGCCUUAAUGGCCUCUACCUCAACGAUCCCCAGGAUCUUACAGCGCGACAAGGAAUAGUCUGGUUCAGAUGGAGAGGAUGGGAUUACACGCUGAAGAAGGCCAUGAUGAUGAUCAAGCCGAAAGGACCAGUUACAACAACAUAAAYGAAGAAAGUUAGCCAAUUUAUAAUCAUCGGUCCAUUAAAUUUCAUCGAAUCAUAAAUCAAUAUUUAUUUCGACACAUCUGACACUUUUUACCUAUGUUAAAUUACCUCAUAGUAUAGUUGAAAACGAUUUUUGUCACUAUAUUGCCUAGAACAGUUCUAUCGACCCCGAGUUGUACAUAAWUUUUUUUUGAUAGAACUGCUCCUAAUUGUAGGUUUAAGAUGUACAUUUGCGCUCCCAUUUUAGUUUUGUAAGGAGGUGUUUUGCAUUUAGUUACACUAAUACAWACACAGAGACGCACACACAUUUCCUGCACGAUUUUUGCAAAAACUAACAUUUACUAACGAGGCAAAAGAAUUUUUUUUUCAUUUCCGCUGAUUAUAAAUUGGGUUCUUUUCAGAAAAAGUACGAAAACAUUUUUAAAGGAAAUUUAAGACUGUGUCACUUAUCGGAAUAAUUUUUUUCGUUCGGAGAAAAUUUUCAUCGAUAAGUUUGUAUUAAUGUAAGGUAUUUUGUUAUGAGGCUAAUGGGACAUCAAAUGCAAUGUUCGUAUUAGGCAGGUUAAAAAACAAUUCUUACCGUAGCGUUUAUAUGGUUGUUGUAAAUAUUCUAUUUCCAGAGUUGUAUAAAUUAAAUAUAUUUUAAUAUAAUAAAUUAUGUAUUAAGUAUUAAA